GCCAGCUCUCAAACUCUCCUUAUUGAUCUCCGCCUCUCUCUCUCUCUCUCUCUCUACGCCUGGCCUCAUCAUUGCCUUGCAGAGAUCUCAUAAGCGAAAGGUUCAACUCUCAUUCAAAGAGCAUGGCCAGUACUAGCAGUGAAGCCCCUCCUCCCCCAUCACCUAGUGAGACUCCAACCAUCAACAAUUCUACCGAAUCCAAACCGCUUGAGAACGCAGAUCAAAAAGGUAAAAAACCGCUUGAGAACAACCACCACAAUGCAGCUUCAAGCAGUGGAAUAACCAAAGAAGAUGACAACCACGGUGGAGCUCUUUCCCUCUCUUCUGAAAUGAUCCAGAAGGAUCUCCUCCUCUUGGAUUCGGCCUUGAUGAAGUACAUGCACCAUACAUAUGGGAAAAUCAACCAGGCCCGUGAGAAAUUCAAGGAGCAACUAAAAUUUCCGAGUACUGUGAGAGACUUUGACGAAGUACGAAGUGCCAUCAGGAAGCUUGAAGACCAGAUCCCUUCGCUUGAAAACAAUCACCACAAUGCAGCUUCCAGCUGUGGAACCACCAACGAAGAUGACAACCACGGUGGAGCUCUUUCCCACUCUUCUGAAAUGAUCCAGAAGGAUCUCCUCCUCUUGGAUUCGGCCUUGAUGGAGUACAUGCACCAUACAUAUGGGAAAAUCAACCAGGCCCGUGAGAAAUUCAAGGAGCUACCAAAAUUACCGAGUAGUGAGAGUGACUUUGACGAAGUACGAAAGGUCAUCACGAAGCUUAAAGGCCAGAUCCCUUCGCACCGUUCUUCCGAUUCCAAAUCACAACAUAGGGAGUGGCCUAAUAUAAAUGAGUUCGAAGAGGAAAUGAUGCACUUCACAGAGGUUAAGCAGACGGUUGAUUUGGAGGUCCUAAGGAAAAUGGCUUUCAGUGAUCUCCUUGAGCCAUGGCAUCGUUGUUUGUUAUGUUUCUUUAGGUUCCCACCAGAGAAAAUUAUAAAGAGAACGACGAUGAUUUACUUGUGGAUAGGCCAGGGAUAUAUUUCCCAGCCAAAUGCUGGCAAAAAGAUCUUUGAUGAGCUUAUUGCAAAGCACUUCAUCGAGCGUUGCUCCGCGGUGCCAAAUAGUUGCAGGAUGAAACCUUCAGUUCGUUCUUUUUUAUCCGAACUAGCUGAAGGUAAGGGAUUUACUUCAAAUGGAGCGCCUCUUAAUGGGGAUUUUUUAAAGGAUUGUCGUGGUCUAGCUGGGAACUCAUGUCGGAUCAACAGUGAGGCCAUUAUUAAUAAAGAGCUCAAAAUAUUUGAGAAUGUGGAGACUAUCCAAAGUCUUCAUCUCGGAAGGUGGCAAAGCUCAGCUAAGCACCACAUUGAACUAGAAGACAUCAAAAUUCUCAAUGGAUUGAAGAAUUUGAGGUUGUUAAAGUUUCUUAGCCUGCGAGGUAUUUCUAUGAUGACGGAGCUUCCCGCAUUCAUUUUAGAGCUAAACUGUUUGGAGAUCUUAGAUCUUCGAGCUUGUCAUAAUCUUGAGGGGAUUGCUGACAAUAUUGGUUUGCUCAAGUGUUUGACACACUUGGACAUGUCCGAGUGUUACUUUUUGGAACACAUGCCCAAGAGUCUUGCUCAACUAUCAAACCUCGAAGUUCUUAAGGGAUUCUUCAUUGGGCAUCUCAAGAAAAAAAAACAAUCAUGUACUCUUUACGAUUUGUCAAAGCUGCCGAAGUUGAGAAAACUUAACAUCUACACAAGUGUUAAAAAGUUUCCUAUAGGGUCGGACCUUGAAGCUUUACAAAAAUUUGAAGGCCUACUCAAGUUGACAAUAUCAUGGGGAGGAUGCUCUUUAAAGGAUGAAAAAAAUGACGGCAUGACAACAGACUCUAGAGCAGAAGGCCUUCAGACACUUCAUCUCAGACUGCAGAAACUAGACCUUCAAGGUUUCCCUAUGAAGAGUCUACCCCAUUGGCUGUGGCCUGCCAAUCUGAAGGAACUAAAGAAACUCUACAUUAGAGGAGGGAACUUAUGUGAUCUAGGGCAAUUACAGGAACGCCCAGGGGAGAAAUGGAAAGUGGAGAUAUUGCGUUUGAAGUACUUGAGUGAAUUAGAGAUAGAAUGGAACCAACUGAGGUCAUUAUUUCCCGAAUUAAUUUACUUGCACCAACUAAAAUGUCCCAAGCUUACUUCCUUCCAGAUUGAUAAGAGUGGUGUUUGGAUGGACGAAAAGGCUAUUGAUACUCGGUUCUGGCUGCAGAAAUUCUUCAAAACCGAUGGCGUCAGCUUAAGUUCUUUGGUGGGGUAUGGUCCAAACUUAGCUCAGGAUGAUUCUAACUUCUCAAUUGAACAAGGAAUUUUAGGAAUGGAAACUGUUGAGGAAGAGGAGUAUUACUUUUCCUUGGUGUAUUUGAAACAAGAAAUCGAUAGGAGUGCCUAUUAUAGCCAAAUGAAGUACAAUAAACUAGAUCAAAAAGGUCAAAAAAGCUAUCAAUCAGAAGAGUCUACCAUUAUAGCAUACAGAUGUUGGGAAACCGAAUCCCAGAACUUAGUAAUGGCGCCAUCAAGCUAUGAGAAAACUUUUUCGCCAGCAGCCAUGCUUAAGUCUAUCUGGAUUCUCUUAUCCAUUGCGGCUCAUCUCGAUUACGAGAUUUGGCAAAUGAAUGUAAAAACCGCGUUCCUUAAUGAAAAUCUGAAUGAGUAUAUCUAUAUGGUGCAACCAGAUGGAUUCAUAGCAAAAGAGCAUAUGGCAGCUUCUGAAGCAGCCAAGGAGGCUGUUUGGCUUAGAAACUUUUUGUUGGAUCUGGAAGUGGUCCCUUCAGUGCAAUCACCCAUUACACUCUAA